CUCUCCAGUGACACAUGAAUUCGUGCAGCUAUUACUCAUUGAGUCGUAAGAAAAAGAAAAAAUUGUCGCCAAGAGUUGGAAAGCGAGACUGACCCGACGCCGGCGAUGUGGGCUCAGCUACCCGAGCUCGUACUGACACAAGUAUUCAGUCAGCUGGGCCCCGUCGAUCGCGCCAAUUGCGCCGAGGUAUGUAGGCACUGGGCGCUCUGCCUGUCCAUACCGGGCCUGUGGAGACGCUGCGUUGUGCGCAUAGAUCGCGACCUCGGAUCCGACUACUCCGUCAUCAGCGAACAAGCGGUCAAGUAUGGUGAGCACAUGCGUAGUCUGGAGCUGGUUUGGACUCGACCUUACACUGGUACCCGUCGUGAGCCAAGAAUUACUCGCAGCACUCAAGCCGAGGCUGGUGCCAAUUUUCUGGCUUUAGUCCAAACGAAGGAUGUGAAACUGAGGGAAGUCAUACUCACCAAUUGGGUGCACUCGAGCAAGUGGGGAAACUGUGACAAGCUUUUGUACUCAUUGGCCAAUUUAUUAGCUACUCAGCAGUACAUAGAAAAAUUUAGUUUGGCGAAUGCAAAUUUGGGACUCGCGGACGCUCUACGCUUGUUGGCAAUAGUUACGAAAUUCAGUUCUGGACAUCUUCGUUUUUUAAAUCUUUGUGGAGCAUUUCGCGAGUUACACGCGCCGCGUGACAAUCCUAGAUACUUGCGACUACUGGGUCGAAUGACGGGCUUAACACAUUUGAGUCUGGAUUAUUCGGCUCUGUCGGUUGGUACACUAACAGCACUGGUCGUUGGAGCGCCGAAUAAUUUGACUACUUUACACGUCUUGAUAUGCGACUCCGAUUCCCGUCAACAUCGAAUCGAGGAUGCUGCUUGGAGUCAAUUGGUCGAAGCUUGUCCUCGAUUAACCGUCUCCUACACUAUAAUAAAUUUAUCGCAUUACGAGGACGUACGACACUUACUGAUGCCGAGUGUGCCACUUGCCAAAUUCCAAAUAUUUGGUGGACAUCAAUGGGAUCAAAGUCGCACGCGAAAUUUCCGGGCAACCCUUGCCUUGCUUAUCACUCACUACACAAAGACCUUGGCGGAAGUCAUGCUACAAGUGCGAAAUAACCGAGAGAUGUUGGAUGAUUUGAUUUUGUCAAUGCUGCUACAGUGCAAACAUUUGCAAAAAUUACAAUACGACGGUAUUUUACGGAAUAUGGAAACUUUUCGAGAGAUUUGCGAAUUUUUAGCUAAACAUGAGACAGCUUUCGAUAAGGUACAUUUAAAAACACGAAACAUAAACGAUCAUAAUUUAGCUGUAUUGAGAGAUAUAAAUGAUGAAUAUGAUCGCCAACUGGAUAUUAAAGGUAUAGAUAUGCACAUCGAUAAUUAA